CCUUUACUACUAUAAAUUGAGGGUCCUUGCCACCAACCAUUACAUCAACCAUUCAUCAAAGCAAUUGUAUAGUUACAAACUUGUGUACACCAAAAAAAUAAAUAAAUAAAAUUAAGAGUUCUAGCCAUGGCUGCAUCUUUCUCAGUUCCUUCAAUGAUUAUGGAAGAAGAAAGGAGAUUUGAAGCAGAGGUAGCAGAGGUGCAAGCGUGGUGGAGCUCAGAGAGGUUCAGGCUAACCAAGAGGCCAUAUUCAGCUAGGGAUGUGGUGGCACUAAGAGGAACCAUGAGGCAAAGCUAUGCAUCCAAUGAGUUAGCCAAGAAGCUGUGGAGGACACUCAAAACUCACCAAGCCAAUGGCACUGCCUCAAGGACUUUUGGUGCACUUGACCCUGUUCAAGUCACCAUGAUGGCUAAGCAUUUGGACACUAUCUAUGUCUCUGGCUGGCAAUGUUCUUCCACCCACACCAGUACCAAUGAACCAGGCCCUGAUCUUGCUGAUUACCCUUAUGACACAGUUCCUAACAAAGUCGAACAUCUGUUCUUCGCUCAACAGUAUCAUGACAGGAAACAAAGGGAAGCUAGAAUGAGCAUGAGCCGAGAAGAGCGGGCGCGAACUCCUUUUAUUGAUUACUUGAAGCCUAUCAUUGCUGAUGGUGACACUGGCUUUGGUGGUGCCACUGCCACUGUCAAGCUUUGCAAGCUUUUCGUGGAGCGCGGUGCUGCUGGGGUCCACAUUGAAGACCAAUCAUCAGUCACCAAGAAAUGUGGUCACAUGGCUGGAAAAGUUCUUGUUGCUAUCAGUGAACAUAUCAACAGGCUUGUGGCUGCAAGGUUGCAGUUCGAUGUCAUGGGGACAGAGACGGUCCUCGUGGCUCGUACUGAUGCAGUUGGAGCAACCUUGAUCCAAACCAAUGUGGAUACAAGAGAUCACCAGUUCAUUUUGGGUGUUUCGAACCCGAACCUCAAGGGCAAGAGUUUGGCCACUCUUUUGUCUGAAGCUAUGGCCGCUGGCAAGACAGGGCCUGAACUUCAAGCCAUUGAGGAUAACUGGCUCGCAAUGGCUGAACUCAAGACAUUUUCUCAAUGCGUCGUUGACGCAAUCAAGAAAAUGAACGUUAUGGAUUCCGAGAAGAACAGGAGAUUGAACGAGUGGAUGCAUCAUUCGAGCUACGAAAAAUGCCUUUCACACGAACAAGCCAGGGAGAUUGUUGAAAGACUUGGCCUUCCAAAUCUUUUCUGGGACUGGGAUUUGCCAAGAACCCGAGAAGGGUUCUACAGGUUUCAGGGUUCUGUUGAGGCUGCCAUCGUUCGUGGUUGGGCUUUCGCUCACCAUGCUGAUUUGGUUUGGAUGGAAACUGCAAGUCCUGAUAUGGUGGAAUGCACGAAAUUUGCUGAGGGAGUGAAGUCUAUGAGGCCUGAGCUGAUGUUGGCUUACAAUCUAUCUCCAUCAUUCAAUUGGGAUGCAUCAGGGAUGAAUGAUAACCAAAUGACGGAUUUCAUUCCAAGAAUAGCCAAGUUAGGUUAUUGCUGGCAGUUCAUUACUUUGGCUGGUUUCCAUGCUGAUGCACUCAUCGUCGACACGUUUGCUAAGGAUUUCGCAAGGAGGGGAAUGCUGGCCUAUGUGGAGAAAAUUCAGAGAGAAGAGAGGAGCAAUGGUGUUGACACAUUGGCUCAUCAGAAAUGGUCUGGUGCUAAUUACUAUGAUAGAGUUCUAAGGACAGUCCAGGGAGGUAUCACCUCUACUGCUGCUAUGGGCAAAGGAGUGACUGAGGAGCAAUUCGAGGAGAAGUGGACAAGGACAGGAACAACAAACUUGGGUGAUGGAAAUGUGGUGAUUGCAAAGUCAAGGAUGUAAGGGGAAAAAGUGAGUUCUUUUGGAGCAUGAAGAAGAUGUGGGGAGCUAUGGAACUAUCUCAAUUUUCAAGUACAAUAAGAUUUUUCAGCUUUCUUUAAUAAUUCUUCAGGGAUUUGAAUCAUUUCGGGCGUUAUUUUGGCCCUCAAAUUGCCUAGUGGUGUUAUCAAUUGUAUCUCAAUCUCUAUUUGGACUUAAAAGUUGUUCUUGAUUUCCAGUUA